UCGACGUGUACGGAUGCCAAACGGUUACAAAUAAAGCGCGUCACAGUGAAAAGUUGCAAGCAAGCAAAAAAAAAAAACAGACAUAAAAAACAACAAAAAAGGAUGAGAUAUCUAUGCACCAGUUGUGGGCAGCUAAUAAAAGCAUAGAAAAGUGUUGAAAAUUAUACCUGAAAAUUAGUUAUACAAUAUUACUAAGCGGAAAAAACGUAAACGUAAAAGUAAAAUUUGUCUAUACAGUGGAAAGAAAAUGAGCUAACCGACAGGAAAAAGAGAAUCCAGUGAAAAGGAAACAUAUAUAUACACACGCACACAGGCACCAGCGCACACAUAUCACAUAAUUUGCAAAUUGGGGCGCAUGCAGCAAAUAUGAAAAAGGCGUUUCUAUACUAGUGAAUAAAACAACAAAAAUAAUAAAGAAAAAUUAACGGUAAAAUAAUUUUCAAAUUUGGCAUAUAAAAUAAGUGAUGCAAACGAGACUACCAGCAUUUGACGCAAGUUAACACAGAUACGUCUGAAAACGCGCACAACGGCAUAGAAACGUCUGCGAAUAUACAUACUAGAAGUAGGCACUGCCACGCUGAUAAAAACGUAACUUUUAUGGAUAACACUACAAGUGUGGUGAAAUCGCAACCUUCAUUUAAAAUGUUGACAUAAAACUAUCUGUAAAGAACUGAUUACAAGCAGACACAUGUUACUAACCGCAUAGUGAACCACCAUAAACGCUUAUGCAAAUAAUCCGGCAACUGUGUCGUCAGCUUCAUGCCUUCCACAUCAACUCCAAAAUAUUUACCGUGCAUCUCAUACAACAACCAUAAACUAGUUGCAUUGGCUUGACUUCAACUGUCAAACAACCUGACUAAGCAAAAAUUAGCAUUCUAGCAUCAUUAGAGUGCUAACAAGAUAGCAACAAGUGCUAAAAUCAACACAAGUUCUACCUAAUAUCACAACAAAAGCGCAGAACAAUAACGGUACUCUAAACAAAAGGCAAAAUACCAAAAACAACUAACAAUAAAACAAAGCAACAAUUUCCAUAAUUUCAUUUGCUAAACGAAUUACUCAAAUAUAGAUAAUACUAAUAAUAAAACAAUAAAAGCAACAAACCAAUAUCACCACUAAUGCGUAUCGACAUCAAAAUUCUUAUUGAAUGACAACUGCAAUAGCCAGAUAUAUACUAUUGGAGCGGAGAGCACAUGAUAACUAGUUUACACUGCGCAACAAUUGCUUGUAAUUACGGCACUUAACGCAACUGUAAAUUACAAAUACAAACAUACUAUAGCUAAAUAGUACAUCCAAAAGCAUUUCCUCAUCGUUCAAACCAUGGGCUCCGGUCAUUACAUUUGGGCGAUAUUCUUUUUUGCCAGUUUAUGUAGUGCAUCGCUAGCUAAUAAUGCCAAAAUAAAUUUCCGAGAAAAGGAGAAAAAAGUCUUAGACCAAAUUUUAGGUGCAGGAAAAUAUGAUGCCAGAAUACGUCCAUCCGGAAUUAACGGCACGGAAAAUGCGCCUACUCUUGUCUAUGUCAACAUGUUCCUACGGUCAAUCUCAAAAAUCGACGAUUACAAAAUGGAAUACAGCGUGCAAUUGACUUUCCGCGAGCAAUGGACCGAUGAGCGGCUGAAAUUCGAUGACAUACAAGGUCGCCUCAAGUAUCUAACAUUGACCGAAGCGAAUCGUGUAUGGAUGCCCGAUUUGUUCUUCUCAAACGAAAAAGAGGGUCACUUCCACAACAUAAUCAUGCCGAAUGUUUAUAUACGCAUCUUUCCCAAUGGUUCCGUAUUGUACAGUAUUCGUAUCUCACUGACGCUGGCUUGUCCAAUGAAUCUGAAAUUAUAUCCUUUGGAUCGACAAAUAUGUUCGCUACGCAUGGCUAGUUAUGGUUGGACAACGAACGAUCUGGUAUUCCUGUGGAAGGAGGGCGAUCCCGUGCAAGUGGUUAAGAACUUACACCUACCUCGCUUCACACUUGAAAAAUUCUUGACUGAUUAUUGCAACAGUAAAACUAAUACGGGUGAAUACAGUUGCCUCAAAGUCGAUCUACUAUUCAAGCGAGAAUUCUCAUAUUACUUAAUCCAAAUUUAUAUCCCAUGCUGUAUGUUGGUCAUUGUCUCAUGGGUGUCAUUCUGGCUUGAUCAAGGCGCCGUACCAGCACGUGUGUCAUUGGGUGUGACCACGCUGCUCACCAUGGCCACGCAAACGUCUGGCAUAAAUGCCUCACUGCCGCCUGUCUCCUACACGAAGGCGAUCGACGUUUGGACCGGCGUCUGUUUGACCUUCGUCUUUGGCGCACUGCUCGAAUUUGCGCUGGUGAACUAUGCCUCCCGUUCAGGUUUGAAUAAAGCUAAUCGGGCCGCAGACAUACAUAAGGAGAAUUUGAAAAAGAAACGUCGCGAUUUGGAGCAGGCCAGCUUAGACGCUGCUUCAGAUCUGCUCGACACUGACAGUAAUGCAACAUUCGCAAUGAAGCCACUGGUGCGUCACCCCGGCGAUCCGAUGGCCCUGGAGAAGUUGCGCCAAUGCGAGGUGCAUAUGCAGCCGCCCAAACGUCCAAACUGCUGUAAGACCUGGCUAUCAAAGUUUCCUACAAGACAAUGUUCUAGAUCGAAGAGAAUCGAUGUUAUAUCACGAAUAACGUUUCCGCUGGUCUUUGCGUUAUUCAAUUUGGUCUACUGGAGCACAUAUCUCUUCAGGGAAGAGGAGGAUGAGACCUUCUAAAGGUGAUCCGUUUGUGUGAUGUUCAUAUCUAUGAAAAUACAGCAGUGCAGAAAACUAGGCAUAAGAAGCUAUGUAGAAUCGAAAAAUCGUAAAAUCAAAAAACGAAAACAAAAACAAAAAGCAUUACGCGCGAAAAUUUAAAGAAAAAUAAGUGCCAUGCAUGCAUACAUAUUAUACAUACGUACAUCGUGAAAGAACGGCAGUUAACGGUGACAGCGAGAGUGGCAAAAAUAUAGCUCAAUAAAAAUAAUUAUUUAUUUUAAUUAUAAAAACUAAAAUUAAUUUAAAAAAAAUAGCUAAAAUGAUUGAAAUAGGCAAUUUAUGCUCGUAAGUAAGCUAAGCAGGUUAACAAUUAGGAAAUUCAUGUAUGUCAUGUCAUCUAAUUCACAUAAACAGUCGUAAAUUUAAUCAUUUAAUUUAAGUUUCUUGUAAUAACAUUUAUUUUGGUUAAUCCGCUGUUUGUUAGUUAGAAUUAAACUUUAGAUAUGUUUCAGAGUACCGCUUAAUCGAGUCAAUGAAACAUUUUACCCUCAAAAUGAUAGUCUAUACAAUCCGCUAAUUGACUUAAUUAAGCGACUGUCUGAAAUGCCAAAUAUUGUGCAAGCAAUUAGUCAAACACUAUAAAUAGCCAUGCUCAACUGGUAAACACAU